CUGGCAUAUGGCGCGGCACAGGGGAGGAUUCCCUGUCCGGUCCUGCUCUCUCCUUUGUAUUGGAACGAUUGCGAUAAAUCAGUUGUUGGUUCAGCUGAGGUUUAGUUAAAGAGGCAAAACUUCCCGGUUGCAAGAUGCCUUCAACAAAGAAAUUCAAAGACAGCGGCAAUAGCAGCCAAGACGCCUCCAAGCCAGGGACUUCGAAUCCCAAAGCUGCGCCUUCCUCUUCCGUCAACGUUCAGGAACUCUUCGUUCAAACCUUUGAAAAGCCGACGCAAAUCUACAGAUACCUUCGUACAAGGAUUUUGAAUUCUCCAAUCUUUCUCCAGAGAACCCUCACCUAUGUGGUCCAAAGCCGAAAGAAAUCUGUGUCAAAGAGAGAGAGUCGGAAGAAAUUCAAGGUGGAUUCCAUCCUUCAGACUAUGCUUUCCAAACAAGAAGGGCAGCCAGAGCAGGCAUCUGCAUAUCUAAGCCUUACAUUCCUGGGUCUGCAUUUCAAAGUGCCUUUGGGGAAAUGCAGCAUACCCGUGAACCCAAAUUCGGACCGUCCACCUGCUACGGCUCCAGUACUUUCUGUGGCACCAUCUUCCUUUUCCAUUAAUAACGGACACCAAAUCAAAUCCUACAACCUCCUCUUCCGCAUCACAACAUCUUCUUCAGCUGCAGAUGAUGCAGAGGAGCCAAUGCACAAGAGAAGACGAUUGCGGGGUUCAGUACCUUUCAGCGAUGAGAAUCUGAGUCCAGCUGAACCCAUGCUUCUGGUUGGGGAAUUAGUGAUUUAUGACAGAUCUGGCCGCUGCCUUCUUUUCCCUGGUGACUAUGAGCUGGUCCUUAGCUCCAUUUUGCAUGCCAGCACCACCAAAGGAUCCCCAAAGAAGCAGAGGAUAUGGGGAACCAUUGACAAUACUGAGGUGGGUGAAGCAUUUGAUGCCCUUGAGAAAGGCCCGGUGUUGAAGUUCCGCCUGAAUUGGGGCAAUGAACCAGCCAAAUCAGAGAUAGAAUGGCCUACACCAUAUCAGCCGCUCAAAUGCCGUGAGAACUCCAGUGCCUGUGCUUCAGCCAAAGAGAGGAGACCAGCCAUGAUGAGGGAGGGAAGUCGUGGGAGUGAGGAGAAGGAGCGUGUCAUCUACCAAUUCAUCUGUGGUCAGAAGACUGUAGUUCACACAGAGAUGCAUGAAGAUACUGUGUGUCCAUGGUGCAGUCUCUCUUGCAAGUCACUGUACACUCUCCUCAAGCAUCUGAAUCUCUGCCAUGCAAGGCUCAACUUUGCAUAUGUGCCAUUGUCUCAAGGAACAACACGUAUUGAUGUGACUUUGAAUGAGGCGUACGAUGGAUCAUACUCUGGGAACCCAACAGACAUGAUUGCCCAGCCAAUGACAUCUGCUGCAUUUGGGAAGAUGGGACCAGAACGUCGUGCCCCCAUGACAACCAUCAUGGUCUGUCGGCCCAAUCGUCCUCAUCCCUCCCUCUCGGAAUUCAUGCAGGAAUCUGAGGAGAGCGAAAGUGGGCCCACCCCUCGUCCCUACAUCACCGGUCAUAAUCGGUUGUAUUACCACACAACAACUUGUCAACCGAUCCUGGCAAGGGAAUUGGACAUGGAUUCUGAAGGAGAAAAUGACCCUGAAUGGCUGCGAAAGAAGACUCAGAUGAUGAUUGAUGAGUUCACUGAUGUAAAUGAGGGAGAGAAAGAUCUUAUGAAGCGAUGGAAUCUACAUGUGCUUAAGCAUAACUUUGUUGGGGACUGCCAGCUCCCUCUAGCUUGUGAGAUGUUUGUCACCUCACACGGAGAUGGACUCCUCCGCGAUAACCUCUACCGAAACUUCAUCCUCCAUCUGUGCAGCAUGUAUGACUAUGGGCUCAUCCCACCAUCUGUGAUCCUGAAAAGUGCCAAGCAACUCCAAGAGCGACUCUACAAAGACCCCAAGCUUGUUAAGGGUUUCAGAGCAAAUUACCAACAGCAGAUUGACCAAUGGCUGCAGCAGGGAGAAGACACUGAACCCCAUCCUCAAUCUGAAUCAAACAAUGCCCUUCCUGAUCCCACAGCAGCUAAUGCUGAGGUGAAGCAGGAAUGAGAGCGGUUAUUUUACCAUUGUGCGGAUCUCAUGGAUGACAUUUAACACUGCCAUGCAUUUGCCUCAUGUAGGCAAAUACUUCCAAUUUUCUUCUGUGUGCUUGACAUUUCCCAUGAGAACACUUGCUCGGUGUGCACUUGCGUAUUUCUCUUCUCUUUGUUCUUGUUACAACUUGCGUAAUGUCCGUACCCAUCUUAUUCCUCCACACCACUUGUGCUCUACAAUGUUUGAUUUUUCCAGAUUGAGGACUAAUUUGGAUCUUAGGCAACCUGACUGAUUUUUGUUGAAACUGUAUGUAUAUACAUAUCUCCUGAAGCUAUUCUGAUAGAUUCCAUCAGGAUAUAUUCAUUCUUUAACUGUGAUAAACCUACCUGAGGUUCAGUGCGACAAAAUUCCCUUUGUGUAAAUCCAUGUUCAUGAUGAAAUGCAAAGCAUUCACCAAGACCGAUGCAAUUGCAAUCUUUUGUAGAUACUGGUGAAAUGAUGACUACUUGCUAGGCUUGCUAGAAGAAUUUUUGAAAUUGCCGAAACGAAAUAUAAUCAGUCAAAUUACUAGCUUCUUCUUUCACCCCUUCUCUGCCAUGGAUGCCAUCAGUGCCUCUGAUGAUCCUCUGCAUGAAUUUGAAUAUUUUUGAAGAAUGAAAGGCAUUUUAACUGUCACAUCCCCU